AUGUCCAACAAUACUUCUUUUUGCACCAGACGUCCCUUUGGCAACGCUGGCCUGCAUAAAUCUACCUCUUUGAUCCCCACCCCUAAUGCGUACGAAGUCCUUGUUCGCAUACAUGCCGUAUCGCUCAACUUUCGAGACACCGCGGUGUACAACGGUCUCAAUCUCGGUACACAGAUGAAAGAAGAACCAGUGUUAUGCAGUGACAUGGCUGGAGAGGUCGUUGAAGUGGGAGAAGGUGUGCGAGAGUGGAGGAAGGGCGAUAGGGUCACUGCGAAUUUUGAUCAGAGCAAUUUGUAUGGAAUUGAAGGGAGGUGGGAUCAACACCUCGGCGGACCCAUCGACGGCGUCCUACAACAAUACCGUGUCUUUCACAGCACGGGUCUCCUGCACGUCCCUAAACAUCUAAGUUACGAAGAGGCGGCUUGUUUUCCUUGUGCUGGCGUAACUUCUUGGAACGCUUUAUUUGGCGGAGGUGUUCCUCUCAAGCCUGGGCAAACGGUCCUUUUCAAGGGGACGGGUGGCGUCUCCAUUACUGGACUCAUACUGGCUCAUGCUGCUGGAGCGAAGACUAUCAUCACGUCCAGCUCGGAUGAUAAGCUCAAGCUUGCAAAGGGACUCGGUGCCACGUAUACUAUCAACUAUAACACCCAUCCAGACUGGGACAAAGUCGUGUUAGAGAUGACAGACAACGUCGGUGCACACCAUAUCUUCGAUACCAUAGGCAUCAACGACCUCGAUAAAUCCUUCGCCUGUGUCGCUCCCGGCGGCGUCAUCAAUAGUAUCGGUAUCUUGGGUGGCCCACCCACCGCCAACCCCAACGUCCCGCUCCUCGCACUAAUGAAGGGGGCAUACCUUCGUGGUAUCCUCGUCGGGUCGAAACAGAUGCACGAGGAUCUCCUCCGCUUCGUCGAGGCGAAGGAACUCAAGCCGUAUAUCCAUAAAGUCUUCCCUUUUCAGAAGGCACCAGAGGCUUUCGAGUAUAUGGCUGCGGGACAUCAUUCGGGGAAGAUUGUGAUCAGAGUUACAGAGUAA